UGCUUUCUGUAGACAAAUCUGCCAUUAUCCACAGAGCAAAGGAUAUUGUAGAGGAAAAUAAAUUAGAUAAUGUGAUCACCGGCAGAGUAGAAGACGUUGUUCUUCCUGUACAAAAAGUUGACAUUAUAAUAUCAGAAUGGAUGGGCUAUUUCCUUUUUUUUGAAGGUAUGCUCGACUCUUUGAUUGUUGCGCGUGAUCGCUUACUUGCACCGGACGGAAUUAUUGCGCCUAGUCAUUGCCGUCUUUUAUUCGCUGCUAUUGAAGAUGAACUUUUUAACGAUACUUUUAAUUUUUGGAAUGAUGUUUAUGGCACUACUUCCUCUCAAUUGGAUUUCACUUCGCCGUUCACAUUAGAAAUAUCACGUAAUGGUACUGUUUAUGGAUUCUUGGGUUAUUUUGAUGAAUAUACCCGGGGUAGAGGUUAUUAUCCUGUGUCUCAAUUUUAG